AUGGUAGUUAGUUACUUACAUGUUGGUCCACUUGCUCAUAAAGAAAUUCCUUCUUGUUCCUGUCAUGAUCUUGACCUGUCUACAGGUACAAGCAGUUUGGAGGUGAAAGAGAACCAGGAUGAUAAAAUCCAGGUGGACUGCGACCUUCUACGAAAGUAUCAUCCAUCAGCUUUUUGCCCAACUUUCCCCAGACAUGGACCAAGAGCCUUGAAGAGGAAGCAGCCGUUGGUGGAUGGUAAAGACCGGCUGCUCUACCAAAGCCAUUUGACUUGUAAAAGGGCGGCGUGGGCUGUAAGUCAGAAGAACGCCCUGGUGCAGCUGAACGAGUUACGACCAGGGCUGAGGUACGAGAUCAUGUCAAAGACCGGCCCCCUGCACGCCCCGGUGUUUUCCGUUGGUGUGGAGGUAAAUGGUCUUCACUUUGAGGGUCGAGGGCCAACGAAGAAGCAGGCUAAGAUGCGGGCUGCAGAGCUGGCUCUCCGGUCGUUCAUCCAGUUUCCAAAUGCCUCCCAGGCUCACGCCGUUCUGGGGAAUUUCACCAGCACACCUGUGGAUUUUACAGCAGAUAAACUGGACCUCCCUGAUGUAUUCCUCAAAGAGUUUGAACCAUCGCUGCGUGAAAACUGUGACCUCCUGCACUGCAACACAGCGAAAAAAGAGCUUUUCUCCAGCAUUUACAACCACAAACGACUUGUUCAACUCACACUGGACUUAGUCUCCUCAACAAAUCCAAAAAGACGAGCCCUCAGCACCUCGCUUUUAGAGCACCUCAGCCCGGUGGUGCUGCUCAACGAGCUGCGACCAGGACUCAGGUACAUGUGCCUGGCAGAGAGAGUCCAUGGCAGGCCGAUGAGGAAUUUUGUUAUGGUGGUUAGGGUGGAGGGCCGGGUGUUUGAAGGGUGUGGUCAUAGUAAGAGACUGGCGAAGGCACAGGCGGCAGCAGCUGCUCUACAGUCGCUUUACAGUAUAAGUCUGGGACCAGAGAGGAAGGUCAUGGGUCUCCACGGCAGCAGAGCCAAAAAUCAGCUACCUCAGUUUUUUGCAGAGUCGAUCUUCCACUUGGUGAGAGAGAAAUACACAGAGCUGACAGACAGUUGUUUCUCUACCUCGCACGCCCGUCACAAGGUCCUGGCAGGGAUCAUAAUGACCAGAGGAUUUGACCUCAGAUCAGCCCAGGUUGUGUCUCUGGCCACAGGGACAAAGUGUCUGGAUUUGGACAACGUGAGCGACCGCGACUUGACGCUGAGCGAUUGUCACGCUGAGGUCGUCUGCAGGAGGGCGCUGGUUCGAUUCCUGUACGCUCAGCUGGAGCUGCUGCUCUGUAAGUCAGCAGACGGUGAGGAACAGUCGAUCUUUGUACCAAAUAAAGGAGGCUGCUGUGAUGGCGGUGGUGACGGCUUACGGCUGCGGGACGGCGUCCUCUUCCACAUGUACGUCAGCUCAUCACCGUGUGGAGACGCUCGACUCAACUGCCCCUACGAGACCACAGCUGCAUAUCCCAGCAGGAGGUUUCGCUGUCACCUCAGGGUGAAGGUAAACGGAGGUGAGGGGACGCUGCCAGUCACCGGACGGAGAGCCAAUCAGAAACAGGACGGUAAACCUCUGGUCACCAUGUCCUGCACCGACAAAAUGGCAAAAAAAGAAACUGUUUGUCUCACCAGGUGGAGCGUGGUAGGACUCCAGGGGGCUCUCCUGUCCCACCUGGUGGAGCCAGUUUACCUGCACAGCCUGACGGUGGGGACGCUGAGCCACACAGGUCACCUGGGCAGAGCCUUAACGCGACGCCUCGCAUCCGUCAAACACCUGCCCUUCCCUUACAGACGACGGCAGAUGCUGCUCAGCUGUCUGAGCAGCAGCGAGGUGCGGCCGGCGGGGAAGGCCCCGAACGUCAGCAUGAACUGGAGCAGCGGCGACGGAGGCCUGGAGGAGAUCAGCACCACCACAGGGAGGAGGAAGGACUCUGGGACGCCAUCGCAGCUCUGCAGGAGCUCCCUGUUUGCCCGCUGGCAGCGACUGCAGCAGCAGUUGCACGGACAGAUAUUGGGUGCAGAGGCCAUAAUGGGGACAUACUGUGGUUCCAAAAUGGCUGCCGGACGCUACCAGAGGGCGCUGCAGCAGUUUAUUGGCGCUCUGCAGGUUGGAGGUCUGGGAACGUGGCUCAGAAAACCUCCACAGCUCGGCCACUUAAACGUCAGUGUGUGAAAAACUGUGUUAAUGGUUGAAUAUGGAGCGUUAGAGUGAAGUUUGUGUAUGUUUUUCUGUGAGAGUAUGUGGAUAAAUAAAUAAAUAAGAAAUGAUUAAAUAUGUGAAAAUGGCCU